GAGACUGCAAGAGCAAUCCUCACUUAGCCACAUGUUUUGGAAUUCAAGUAGUUCUGUCAGGCACUCAUGCCUUCUACUUCCAGAAGGCCCAUGGGUCAUGCUUCAGAAAAAAAGCAGGCUACCUGGGAGAUUCUUUUACUUGUGCAAGUGCUGAACAGCAAAUAGAACUGUUCUAAGUUUAUUUGCAAGAGACCACAAUCAUCUAUUUUUUAAUCCUGGGCCAAGACUCGCUUCUUUGUUCUGGUAAUGUAUGCUUUAGAAUAUGGCUUUCAAAGAACGUGGUUUCAACUGUGCUGUAAAUGAGGAAGAAAAGAAAGGCUGCCCUGACUGUACUGGAGGAUUUUGUACUGCCCUAGCAGACUUGCAGCAGGCAGGGAGGGUAGAAGUGGUCUCUCUCCACCCUGGGCUCAGACACUAUCCGCAGCUCUGAGGAGUGUCAGGAAGUGUCAAGAAAGCCACAGCAGAGUCACGGUGAGGGUGUUUGGUGCUUGUCAUUAGUCAUACUUGUCACAAAGAUGACAGCUUAAUUCUCCUUAACGCUAAGUAUUCUGAACCUACAGACAUCACUGACGUUCACAAAACCACCCACGCUGCUUUAAAACUUGGCCUGGUGUCUGACUGGGUAACCUUGUGCUGGUAGGGCCACACUGCUGUUGUGGUGCAGAGGAAGGCCAGUCCUGGAGGUGUCGUGCACUGGUGUAAUUCGUGGCUGGAAGUGAGAGAGGUUCUCCUGGUGGAAGGGGUGUUUACCUCAGAGGUGUUCACAUCUGUGCUUGUGCGCAUGCAUAGAAGAGCCAUUCCAGUAAGAGAUAGCUCAGUUGUCAGGGCUGUGAACAUGUCUAGACCCUGUAAAAUGGCUUUUUCUCUUGACUACAGUUUUGCUGGCAUGCUUUGAGAGUCCCUGAGUAUAGAGAGGUUCAUUUUAUAAGCAUCAGCAUUUGUUUUUCUAUACAUUUUACCCCUACUUUGCAGUACCGAUCUGAGUACAAGGUGAUCUACUCUUUACCAGUACACUUGCCAAUACACUUACAUGUGAGCAUUGCUUUUAUGUGGAGAGAGGCAUGCCAAUGGCAAUGGUCAGGAAGCAUUCUGGCUGGUCGAGGAGAUUGGUGGAGAUCUGCUGGGUCCCAGGGUGCUACAGCUCCAGGAAAAGUUAUUUCUGAGGAACCUUGGUAGGGUAAUAGAAGAGGAGCGGGUCAGGCUUUGAGGUCUGCUGGCACACUGGCAUGGAGCCCUUAUAACAUGCUGUUCUGACAGAAGGGUGGGAAAUAAGCCCUCUCAACAUCUGUUUGUGAGAGAUCUCAUUCUGAAAAUAAAACCUCAAUUUUCAGUGCUUUUAGAAAAAAAUAGAGCAGUGGAGCUGGGAAAGGUGUCAGGAAGCACCAGCUUUCCAGAUGCUGUCUUUUUGUUGUGGUUUCCAGUGACUCAGAGAAGGAACAGUUUGUGGCCCUGAUGCACCUCUUGCUGGCCUGCGGUUGUGCGGGUCCUCUGGGGAACUAAGCACCUGAUGCUGUUUGCUGCUUCUCUUGACAUCUUACUGCUGUGGAAAGGCCGUUCAGACCCAGUCCUGCACAUUGAGCUCAGACGGUGGGCUGACCUCAUGUUGGUGGCACCUCUUGAUGCAAACACGCUGGCGAAGCUUGCAAACGGCAUCUGUGACAACCUGCUGACUUGUGUCAUCCGUGCUUGGGAUAUGCGCAAACCUCUGCUCUUCUGCCCGGCUAUGAACACGGCUAUGUGGGAACAUCCCAUCACAGCUCAGCAGGUGGAGCAGCUGAAAAACUUUGGCUACAAAGAGAUCCCCUGCGUGGUGAAGAAACUAGUGUGUGGAGAUGAAGGUCGAGGUGCCAUGGCAGAAGUGUGGACCAUUGUGGAGAGCGUGAAAAGCAUCCUUGAAGAACGGGACAUGUCAAUGCAGAGCUGAUGGUUUGGCAUGAAAAUUGUAUUUGUGUGCCUCCCUGAUGGUUGGAAGGUAAAACCAACAGGAAGCUGAGUUGAGAUGGCAGGCAUGCCUAUAGCGUGCUCUUCAACCGAAGGAGUGAAACGGUUGUGUCUUCCAGCUGGUGCCAAACUGAUAUGUGGUACAUCACUGCAGACUUUCAGAAACCAAAGUCAAGAACAUGCUGCUUUAGUGUGGGAACACUCUGUGGUAUCUCACAGAGUGGGAGUAACGUUCCACUAGGCCACUUGGGCCCCAGUAUUUUCACAUGAGCUCCUGUCUGAGGAGGCUUCAGAAGGGAUUGCUGAUGUAUUUCAGGUCCAGAGAUUCCCCCAAGAGCUGCUAGAGAGUGGUGCUGUGCAAGUCCUGGUGAUGGGGAUAAUGGCAGCCCUUUCCAGCGUGUCAGUGUGGGGACAUCCCUGCUCUCCAAAACCUGGUCCGUAGCAGUGCUGGCCUCACGUUUCCAGCAGGAGUCACUGUCCAAAAAGCAUUUCCCCUCCUGGAACUUAAUAAAAGAGAGCUUUUAAUUCUA